AUGAUUGCUUCAUUACUCCGAAGUGCCUUGCUAAGAGUGGCUUCUGAAUACUUAUCAAACGUCGACAUAAAUAAACUCAGCUUAUGAAGUGGCCACAUCGCUUUAGAAAAUGUCAAGCUAAAUGCAUUAGCCAUCACAAAAUCAUUGAAUCUCCCUUAUAUUAGGAUGAUAAGUGGGGAAAUAAAUAGCAUAGAAUUGUCAAUCCCAUGGACUUCUCUCUCAUCUAGAUCUGUACAGCUAAAAUUAUGCCAAGUUUUCAUCGAAAUUUCUUUGUCAGAAAACACUGUUGUCAAUAAUCCUAUUCAGCCUGUAAGUGAAUCAGAGGAAACUUUAUUAAAUCACCGCUUUUAAAUUGAAACAAAAUUUUUUGAUUUUUUAUUAAGUUAACUCCCUUUAAAUUGUUACUUUUUAUAGUGGAAUAAUAAUCUAUCUUGAUGCUGAAAUUAUUGUGUGCUAAUUUUCACAAUUUGCUAUAUAUUGUUCUAUUUUAAGCAGACAGUGCAAAUUGAAUAUUAUUUUAACCCUGAAUCGAUAAAUUCUAUAAAUAAAUUUUUAGCCCUUUUUUAACAUGAACAGCUUUUUGCUCCAAGUCAUAGAGGAGAGUAAGCAAAAUCAUUGGAAACCUGGACUUAGAGAUACAGGACUUAACAGUCCUUAUAAGAGGAAGAGAAGAAGCUUUGUAUAUUGGGCAGCUAAAUUUAGACAAGCUUAAAUUGUAUACGACCAAUGAAAACUGGGAAGAGGAAUUUUUAAAUCCAUUUGUGCAAGUACCUGGAGGGGCUGGAUACAGAGUAUGAAGGAAAAUUGAAUUUACUGAUAUGAAUUUUAGAAUUGUGUCAGGCAGCCCAGACGAUACUGUGAGUGAAAUAAUUCUCAUGCAUAAAUUUGAAAAAAUCAAAUGCUGAGGCUGCCCUUUAUGCCACGGAUUUAAGUCAUCAUCGCUAUAUUCGCUUUGUACAGUCAGAUGUCAGAGUUUUGUAUUGCAGUCUUAUAUAGCAUCUGAGCAUUCGAUUUCUCAUUAUAAGUCGCAUAAUGCUCAGCUUAUCAAAGAUUUAUCUACUCAACAGCUUAAAUUUUUAUUGGCUCCCCUACAGGUUAAGCUAAAUUUGGUAAAUGAUACUAUGUUUAUGAGAGAUUUCUAUGGGAUACUCUCAAAAGCAACCCCUCCACCUGUUCAAACAGAAAAUAAAGAUGAAUCUUAUUCAUGGUGAUCCUGGGGCAGAGAUUUCCUAUUGAGCCCAUUUUACUGUUCAGAUGCUAUUAAUCAUCAUUCUCAUACAGAAAAACUAACAGUCGACUCAUUUUUGGUCUCAAUUCAGUCGCCUUCUUUACAUAUACGGUCGAAAAUUCAUAAUCCUAUAGAUCUAGAAAUUACAAGAUUUAAUUUAACGACUGGAGAGUUCAAAAGUGAGGCAAGGACGAAUUAUUCUGAGUCAUCUGAAGGAACAAUCCCAAAACAAUGUGAAAAAGUGACUGAAGGGACUGUUAUGUGUCCUCUGCUAUCUUGUCACCUAAAAAAUGACUAUGUAGUUUUCAGGACUUCAGAUGCCAAUUUUUCAAUGGUAAACGACAAAGUUGACUACUUAGCUAGAGAGCUAAUAGUCCAUGCAUUUUUGUCAGGAAAUAAAGCAUCGUCAGAUGCAUGUAGAAGUAGCAAGUUAUGCGGAUCAAUAGUGUUUGGGAAUGAUUUGUUGAUGAAUAUCAAUACAGACCCUCUAUCGUUAGGGUUUUCGUUAGAAGAAAUGAUGAUUAUAAUACAAAUUAUCCUGGAAGCCAAAUCUUUUUAUGAAAGAAUUUCUAAGCCAUAA